AAGCUGUCUGGCUCUGCGCUUCCUGAGGGGGAGGACACACACACGCACACACAACACAACACACAACACAAAACACCCACAACUCCAGCAGCAGCAGCAGCAGCACCACCAACCCGGGCUCCCUCUCUCUCUCUCUCUAUCCACUCUUCUGCUACGGACCUUUUUUUUUUUUAUUUCAUUUUAAGAAGAGGAAGGGAAAAAAGCGAAAGAGGAAAAGUUGCACCCGUCCCCAAACUUUUUCAAAACAAACUUUUUUCGUGGCACACUGGGAUCCGGCUCGCUUCUCCAUGAAAGAGGGAGUGCGCCUGCAAACUUGGGGAAACGAGAUGUCUGCCACCGUCCUGUCCGCCUUCUACGACAUGGACAUGCUGUACAAGCAGCAGGAUAAAGGCAUGAACAUGAACGCCCUCCACAUCAACAGCAUGCUGGACAAGAAGGCGGUGGGCGCCCCGGUCACGUCCCCGGGCUCCAGCCCCUUCGCGCCGGGCUUCUUCCGCAGGAACUCCGCCAGCAACGUGGAGGCGCUGAACAACGGCAACAAGUACCAGCACCUGGGCUCCGGGGGCUACGGAAGCCUGAAGGAGAACCUCCCGCUCGGAGGAGGAGGUGGAGGAGGCAGCACCAGCCCGACGAGCCUCAUGAACAAGGAGAACAAGUUCCGCGACCGAGCGUACAGCGAGAGCGGCGUGCUGCAGCAGCAGAAGGCCGGCUCGCAGAUCAACUCCACCCGCUACAAGACGGAGCUGUGCCGGCCCUUCGAGGAGAACGGCUCCUGCAAGUACGGGGAGAAGUGUCAGUUCGCGCACGGCUACCAUGAGCUCCGGAGCCUGUCCCGCCACCCGAAGUACAAGACGGAGCCGUGCCGCACCUUCCACACCAUCGGCUUCUGCCCCUACGGACCCCGGUGUCACUUCAUCCACAACGCCGACGAGCGCCGGCCCGCUCCGGCCGCCAACGCCAACAUGCAGCCGGGCAGCGGGGAGCCCCGGUCCGCCCGGGAGCUGUACGGGCAGAGGGAGCUCCUGCCGCCGCAGCACCUCGGCUACAGCCAGCGGGACCGACCCAAGCUCCACCACAGCCUCAGCUUCUCCGGCUUCUCCACCCACCACGGGCUGGAGUCCCCGCUGCUGGACAGCCCCACGUCCCGGACCCCGCCGCCCCCCCACACGGGGUCCUCCUGCGCCUCCAGCUUCUACGACGACGUGCUGUCCCCCAACUCGCUGUCCUGCAUCAACAGCGCCUUCUCCUUCCCCGGGCAGGACCUCAAAGCGCUGCUGGCCGGGCACCACACCUCCACCACCACCGGCACCACCACCGGAGGAGGCUACGGCAACAACCACUCCUCCUCCGGCACCACCGGGGCGUACUACGGGACCCUGCAGGGCGGCGUGUGCCCCCCGUCCCCCCCCACCUACAACAUGAGCCACUUGCAGGCGCUGCGCCGCCUCAGCGAGUCGCCGGUGUUCGAGGCUCCUCGCAGCCCGCCGGACUCGCUCUCCGACCGGGAGAGCUACGCCAGCGGCUCCCUCAGCUCCUCCGGGAGCCUCAGCGGGUCCGAGUCCCCCAGCCUGGACGCCGGGAGACGGUUGCCAAUCUUCAGCAGGCUGUCGAUUUCAGAUGACUGAUUGAAAAAAAAAAAAAAGCACGUUUUUUUGUUUUUUCUCCUCCAAACGGAUUGUAUGGACGGGUCAGAGGGGGGGGGGGGUGGAGGGGUGAGAGACUGUCCUUCAAGCAGAGGACCCCCAGUUGAGACCCCCUGCUCGCCCCCCUUUUCUCAGCGGCCCUGCUGAAGUGCCUUUGAGCAAGACAUUGAGUCCCUCGCAGCUCCAGGGUGACCUCUGACCCUGCUCUGACCUCCCUGGGGGGGGAGAGUGGGGGGGUGGGGGUCUCACCCACAGGGAUCAAUCAAGCUUCAUCCAGUUUUAAAGUGUCCUUGACGAGGCAUUAGUUUAGUCUCUUUUUUCUUUUUCUUUUCUUGUAUGUAAUAUAGCUGUAUUAAAAAACCUAGAUAGCAAACAGAAGGCAUUCCAUCAGUGCCUUGCCCAAGGGCUCAUGGCAGCCCCCCCCCCUUUCUCUCUCUCUCUCCCUUUUUUUGCUCUAUCAGGCAAGCCACACUUUUCCUGGGAUUAGAUGUGUGUGUGUGUGUGUGUGUAACAUGACUUGACAAGAAGAAGAGACUAAGCGGUUUCAGAUUUCCUCCAUCCUGCCAAGAAUAUGCCUUGACUCAAAGUAACACUUUUUUUUUUCUUCUUCUUCUUCUAUCGAAGUGUGUGUGUUGUUUUUUGUUCUUCUUCUUCUCUUCCUCUCUGAAAAGCUUCAACUUCCAUUCCAGACCUGUCUUCUCCCAGCGCCACCCAGUGGUUGGUUUGGGUAGUCUAGUUUGUUGCUUGGUUAAAAAAGCACUCUUGAGUUGGGUUUGUUUGGGGAAAUCACUGCUGAUGGUUGAAUAUAUAUUUUUUUAGCUGUUUUUUGAGUGAUUUGCAUAGCGGUGCAUAACUGGCUAUGGACUAUUUAACUUAUUUAUUAUCUUGUGAAAAAAAAGUAUAGGCUACAUUGGUAAUUUGUGUCCAUACUGUAUUUAUCAAGUAUGAUGAAGCAAUAGAUCUAUAUUCUUUUAUGUUUAAAUUAUGAUCGCCAUUAUUAAUCUGCAUAAAGUGGAGUGUAUGUUCUUUUCACAGUAAUAUAUAUAUUUUGUUUUUGUUUUCUCCUUUUUUUGUAACUUCACUUGGUUAUUUUUAUUGUAAAUGAGUAAAAAAAAUCUUAAUUUAAGAGAACGUAUGUGAUAUUUAUUUCAUUAAUUUUGUUUCCUUGUUUACGUUUAUUAAAAAAAGGUUUGCGUGAUUGCUGUUUGCUCUUGAGGUUGUGUCAGUGCUGUAGAAGGCUUUUUUUUUUUUGGGAUCCCUAUUUAGAUGUAUCUGUAGAAUGUAUAAACAAUGUGGUUGUACAGACCGUCCAAACCUUAAUUCUUCUCUUGAUCUAGAUCAGGCUUCAGUGACAAAGAACCCAAGUCAAUAAAUUAACCAAAAAGUAUUUUGUUUUCUUUUAAAUUUUUGUUUUCUCUCUGUUUGCACGAGGUCACACUGUGAUUCCAGCCACGUGCUAAAGAAUGUAGCAAUCCCUUGUGCCCCAGUAUUAUUGUGUAGUGCCUAAGGGGUUCACCAUCUUGACAUGCCUUAAAAUUAACCAAAUAAAGUAUUUUUCCUACAUGGCAUCUUUUUAUACACAGGUUGAACUGAAUGUAGUGUUGGAUUCUGAACAUUUUGUUAAGGUUGUUACCACUCAGACACUCUGAUAAACAACCGUAGCUUCUCUCUAAAUCCCCAUUCCUCUUGUUUUGAUUUCCUUUUUCUCUGUUUUCUCUUUUUUUUUUGAUAUUGAAAUCUAGUCUGAGUCUUGAGUUUGCUGGAGAGGGAAGUGGAUAAACACGUUUGGUUUGUACAUAGUAGGUACAGGGGGAUGCGCACUAUGUACUUUUGACUACUUUAUCAGAAGUAAAGCUUUUUGAAUGUAACAAAAAAAAACGGACAAAAAGACAACGAGAGUUGUCAUAUUUUUUUGGGGAGUCAGUUCACUACAAAUUGAGUGUGAGACUGUUAACUUUGUACUGUACAUUUCUUUUGUAGUUCUCCCAAUAAAAAUCAUUUUUCGAAAAAA